AAGUUAGCAGACAUUAAGAAGAAUUUGUGUACUGAAAGAAUUUAUUACACACAACGUAUGCACAAUUACUUUAUUUGUAUUCAUUUAUUUAUCAGGCUCAUAAUUCUACACGAGAGACCAGGAAGAGAAUAAAAGAAGUUCCUUUUAUGAGUGAGACGCUCAGACGUCAUCCUCACUUGGUUCCCUGUUACCGCCACAUCAGUUUUCUUCAGAAAUUUAAGCUCGUCGAAUAAUAGUUUUUCACAGCAGAGGUCAUGCGAGAGUCGAGACAGUCUUUCAAAAUGUCAGCGAGUGGAGCAGAGGGCGGGUCCAGAGGAAAGGAGUACCGGGAAUGUCAGCGGAACGGAGGCGGCGACGCUCCACGCAACCAGCUGUUGCAUUUAUAUGGAAGUAUUCCCGACGAAGGACAUGCGUUGAGUUGCUAUUGCGGAAUAACAAGGCAGAAAAUGUACACGACAGAGCGCAGGCGGAUGAGCCUGCACGAGCCGAGGAGGAAAGACCCAGUUUGGGUCUCAGCUGGAAGUUUGUGGCAGGACCCUUUGACGAUGGAAUUGAGCGCCAGCGGCUCGGGUAAACAGAUCGUCUCUCCACGGAGUCGGACCAGAGCAGUAUCUGUGGCAUACAUUGUUAAUGAGGACGCAUCAGUGCCGCAGACGGAGGAGAACUUGUCACUGAAAUGUCUGAAGGAAGCCUGCGCGGACGCACACGCCGUGUUCAAAACCAUCCCGUUUGAGAGAAUAUCCCUGGGGACCACAGAUAUCCUGGAUAGUUUCUACAAUGCAGAUGUAGCAGUGGUUGAGAUGAGUGACACUUUCUGCCAGCCUUCCCUUUUCUAUCACCUUGGAGUGAGAGAAAGUUUCAGUAUGAACAAUAACACAAUUCUCUACUGUUACAAGCAAGAUAGUGAUCUACAGGCUGUCAAGGAGCAGUGCGGAAGUUACACAUUCAUCCCUUACGUAGUGUCACCUCAGGGAAAAGUGUUCGCCUGCGAUGCCACAAUGAUGACUGGUAUCAAAGACUUGAUCCAGCCCAGUUUCCAGCUGGAGCCCCUGCUUACCCCGCUGGUGGAGAGGCUGGUGCAUCUGCUCAACAAUGUAAAUGUUCAGUCCAGUGAGUACUUCCGGGAGUCGAUCAGGCAUGAGAUUCGUAUGGCACGGGAGCGGUUCAGUGGUCAAGCCCUGAGUAAGGAGUUGAGCCGCAUCCAGAAACGCCUGGACAGCGUAGAGCUGCUCACCCCUGAUAUAGUCAUGAACCUGCUGUUGUCCUACAGGGACAUUCAGGACUACGAUGGCAUAAUCAAACUGGUGGAGACUCUAAACAACCUGCCGAUGUGUCUGGUGGCAGGACAUCAGAAUAUCAAGUUUCACUACAUAUUUGCUCUAAACAGGAGGAAUCACCCAGGAGAUCGUGCUAAGGCUUUGGAUGUGAUUCUGCCCAUUGUGGAGUCAGGGGGCAAGGUGGCGUCAGAUGUCUACUGCCUCUGUGGACGCAUCUUCAAAGACAUGUUCAUAAGCUCUGGGUUCACUGACCACAGCAGCAGAGACCAAGCCUGCUAUUGGUAUGGAAAAGCUUUUGAGACAGAGCCAACUCUUCACUCGGGCAUCAACAAUGUUGUCCUUCUGAUGGCAGCCGGCCAUGAAUUUGAUACAUCCAUUGAGUUGCGAAAAAUAGGUGUGACCCUAAGCUCCCUGCUUGGUAGGAAGGGCAGCUUGGAGAAGAUGAAGGACUACUGGGAUGUAGGCUUCUACCUGGGAGCUAACAUCCUCGCUAACGAACACAGGAAAGUCAUAGAGGCCUCUGAGAAACUCUACAGGCUCAAGGCCCCGAUCUGGUAUGUGGCAUCCAUUAUGGAGACAUACAUCCUGUACCGUCAAUUUUCCAAACCACCUGAAGUGAGAUCCCCUAAACAGGACACUAUGGACUUGUGGAUGGAGCUGCUUUUGCAGGCCUGUAAACCCACCGUCUCCACAGACCGCUGCCCAGUGCUCGUCCUGGAGCCCAGCAAAGUCCUUCAGCCAGCUAUAGUGUGUGUGAGUGAGGAGGAUGAAAGUCGCACUGUCCAGUUGAAACACGUCACACCCUUAAAGAAAGGCUUACACCAGUGGACUUUCCCAGCCUCUGCAAUUCGAGGAGUGAGUGCUUCAAAGAUUGAUGAGCGGAGCUGCUUCCUGUAUGUCCACUACAACUCAGAUGACUUCCAGCUGUGCUUUCCCUCUGAGCUUCAUUGUCAUGGUUUCUGUGAGCUGGUGAACUCUCUGCUUCAGCAGGCUGAAGCUCCUGCUCAGGACCUAGACCAUCUAACCGAGGGAAUACUAGAGUACAUCUAUGAGACCAAUGAGAAUGGCGACAAGGUGAUUCUGGGUAAAGGGACGUACGGCGUGGUGUACGCUGGGAGGGACCUGAGCAACCAAGUACGCAUCGCCAUCAAGGAGAUCCCUGAGAAAGACAGCACGUAUUCCCAGCCCCUCCACGAGGAGAUAGCUUUGCACAAGAGGCUGAAGCACAGGAAUAUCGUCCAGUACCUGGGCUCUCUAAGUCAGGAAGGUUUCAUCAAGAUCUUCAUGGAAGAAGUACCAGGAGGAAGUUUGUCAUCUCUCCUGCGCUCCAAAUGGGGUCCUCUGAAAGACAAUGAGGCCACUAUCAUCUUUUACACAAAACAGAUCCUUGAGGGGCUCAAAUACCUUCAUGACAACCAGAUAGUUCACCGAGACAUAAAGGGUGACAAUGUCCUGAUCAACACUUAUAGUGGAGUAUUAAAGAUCUCUGACUUUGGAACCUCCAAACGGUUAGCAGGGAUCAACCCCUGCACUGAGACAUUUGCUGGAACUCUCCAGUACAUGGCCCCAGAGAUUAUAGACCAGGGGCCUCGGGGUUAUGGGAAGCCGGCUGAUAUCUGGUCCCUUGGGUGCACUAUUAUAGAAAUGGCAACAGGCAAAACACCCUUCCAUGAGCUGGGAAGUCCUCAGGCAGCUAUGUUCAAGGUGGGCAUGUUCAAGAUCCACCCCAAGGUUCCCGAGUGCAUGUCAGGCGAGGCGAAGGGCUUCAUCAUGAACUGUUUCGUGCCGAACCCAGACGACAGAGCCACAGCCACAGAGCUGCUGGUGGACACGUUCCUCAGGUCAUCUCCCAGAAAGAGGGCCAAGGCUCUGCAGGAAUCAGAAGCUAUCGACCUUUCUGCUACUAACUAUCAACGCAGCUUGUCUGUACCAAUCUCUGUCCUUGUGGAGGACACUGAUUCAUACUCGGAUUCAAUUGACCUGUCCUGUUCCCUGGACCUAAGGAGGCCCCAGUCCACCCUCAUAGCAGAUGACAUCUCAGAAAGCCCACCUAGCACCAGCAGCUUCCUGCCACUACCUGAGGACUCUCUAUCAGACAUGAGCAGUCCAGCCUCCACAGAGGAGAAUAUUGGUCUUUUCAUGCUGAGGAAGGACAGUGAGAGGAGAGCCACCCUGCAUCGAGUGCUCACUGACUACAUCAGUCAUGUUGUCUCUAAUAUACAGGAAUCUGUGCCUCAGCAUGGCGUGGGACCAUCACUCACUGCAGACCACAUUACCAAACUCAUUAGCUGCCUGCGAGACAACAUCCGCUCCCCUGACAGGAAGCAGCUGACCAGUAGCCUGCUGGACCUUCGAGCGGCGCUGCUUGCUACUGCAGUUCCUCUGAGUAGCCUGCAGGCGGUGCUGUUCAGCUUCCAAGAUGCGGUGAAAAAGGUGUUGAGGCAACAGCAGGUGAAACCUCAUUGGAUGUUUGCUCUAGACAAUCUGCUGAGGCAGGCGGUACAAGAUGCCAUCACAGUGCUUCUCCCAGAACUGAAACUCCAGCUGCAGUCCUCAUUUGAGAUUGAGGACAGCAUUCCCGAGGAGUCUGCUGACCCAGACACUCCUGUAAUUAUUGUCCCCGACCAGCUGAUGGAGCUAGCAGACACACAGCAUCCAGGGUUCAUGAAUGAGCUCCUGGCUACAGCCAGCCCUAGCCCCCCCACAGAUUUAGUCCACAACACCAACUGUCCACUCAGUGAGAAACUGAAAGACCUUCGACUAGAAACCAGAAGACUGCUGAGUCAGCUGAGCGAGAAGGAGAGAGAGUACCAGGAGCUACUGAGGAAAUCUGUCCAGAGGAAACAGGAACAAAUUGAUGCACUGAGAAACACAGCAGACACUGAAGAUGGUGGGCUGGAUUCACAGAAAAGCUCUAAUCCAGAUGUGAAGGUUAUGGUGCACUGGCUCGAGGCUAUCCCUGUAGACCAAAAUACAAUCAAUAAGUUGCUCUGUCAUGACUUCACCUUGGACUGCCUCCUCUACAUAGCCUGCAGGGAUGACUUGAUGUACUGUGGAUUAAGAGGAGGUAUGCUGUGUCGAAUCUGGGCAGCUAUCACAGCUCACAGGAAGACCCAGUUCAGCAAGCACACUGAGGACAGCGAGGACACUCUUCUUUAAUGGCUGCUGAUGUUGUACAUCAAAGGACAGAUUUAUUGACAGGCUGGUCCUGUAUCAUCUGGAGGAUGAGCGGUAGUGGUGAACAUAACUGACUUUGCAGGGGACUGAUGUAAAGCAGGAUAGAUAGCUACUUUCUUGAACUGUGAAUGUAUUUUUUUUUAAGAUAAGAUAUCUUUUUAUGAUAAGAAAAGAUACUGACCAUUUCUUCCAGUUUUUGAGCGUGUAAAGUAGAAUGCAAUAAUUUUCACUUUGAGGCUAGGUCUUGUCAGCAUUAUUUUUUUUUACAUCUUCUCAGGGCUUUGGCAAGUGGGACUAUAAUUAUUGCCUAGUUGAAUAUUGAUUUGUCUGCAAACAAGAAAGUGUGUUCUGAUGAUGCUGUUUUGAGCAGGACCUAAUUUAUUAAGAGUAUACCUUAUUUAAGAUGAAUGUCUCUGCAUUCUAGGGAGGAAAAUUUGGAUUAUUUGUACUGUAUAUAUUGUUCUUAUUCAAAUAAUAAACAAACAUUGAAUCCCUCA